AGACACAAUGUAUAGUUUGAGUUUAUAUCCUAAAAUCAUCAGACCAAGUAGAAUACCAGAGCACUGUGUCACCCUCAUCCAUAAUAUAUUCACCAAUGACUUGGAUAACAACACCAUCCGUGGCAUCAGUGAUCAUCUUCCAGUGUUCACUAUUUACAAGGAACAUUAUAAGAAAAGACAGGUGGAGGCAAAAAAGACUUUUCAAAGACUGCGUACAGAGGACAGCAUCCGUGCCUUCAGGAAAGAUCUAGAAGAACAAAGUUGGGAGAGGGUCUACAGUGCAAUAGAUGUGGACGAGGCAUAUGACAGCUUCCUUGGUACUUAUAUGGAGCUCUACCAUAAGAACUGUCCCUGGCAAGAAAAGCCCAAGAAGCAAAAGAAAAACCAGCAGCCAUGGAUGACAAAAGGACUAAAAACGGCCUGUAAGAAGAAGAAGACAUCAUACAGGACAUUCAUCAUUCAACAGACUAAAGAAGCAGAACAAAAUGGGGGUGCGCCGAGGCUCCGGAGUGGGCUAGCAGCUCCAGGGAAGCUAAGAACACCAGGGAGGCUAACAACAACAACAGUAGCAUCCAGGCCACCGCUGAACAGUCCAGAGGCGUGUCAGCCACCGGGCGAAGACAGCGGCGCAAGGAAAGAGGUGGCUGCAGGCUCCGCGGUGCCCCCUGCUGACGGGAACGGUUGCAUCGCGGGGAAAAGACGACCUCGCUGCCACCACCGGGCAAGGAGCGCCUCCUUUAAAAAAGAGCUGUCACUGCGGCCCAAAGCCAAGAAGAAGAAGAGAAAAUCGGACAAGAGCAAGCGGCAGAGGAGAAGGUCGCCUUCUUGCAGCCUCUCGCCGCUGAGGAAGAAGAAAAAGAAGAAGAAGAAGAAGAGCUCCAAGAAAAGAAAGCGGCAUCGGCGUAGCUCCAAAAGGCCCAGACACAGCAGCUCGUCGAGUUUCAAGCGGAAGAGGAAGGACGAGCGCAAGCACAAGAAGAGCUCGAGGACUCACUCGCAUCGGAGGCGUCGUCAGCGGAGGUCGGCCUUGGAAUGUUCUUGCUGUCGAUCUUCUGCAGAGGACAGACGCGUCGUUGAAAAAAGUGCGGCCGGCCAGACGUCAGGACGCGCGGCGGCCGCCCAUGUGGGAGCCAACAGGGCGCUGGAGCACAAAUCCGUAAAAACGGCGGCGAAAUAUCCGUCUGUCCUCUCCACCAGCUGCACUUUGUUGUCAAAGCUUUUCGAGGGGACGACAUCCCGUCAGGGCGGCAGUCCGCACGAUUGCGACUCGGGCAACGACACGUCGUCGCCGCCAUCCUGCAAAACUGGCACCGACGGCAAGAGCACGGAGCAUCGGCGUGCUGCCUCACCGGCAAAACUGGAGUUUGCUGACAAGGAGAACAGCUCAGACUCGGGGAACUCGGUGACGAGCUACGCCUCGCUAUGCAAAACCUGUGGGGACGACGGCUUGAGAGACCACGUCACGUUGGGAUGUCGGAUAGACCACGUGGGAUCUUUUCAGACGUCCGGCUGCUCUCAAAGGCCGAGCGAGUCCUCUGGGGGCCGGCUGAGAACUCGGUCACGUAGCCGAGGAAGGAGGAAGAAAAAGAGGAGGGGCAGGAGGAGGUCAUGGUGCAGCUCCAGAUACUCUGGACACCACUCUAGAAGCUUGUCGUCUGCCAGAUCCUCCUCACGCUCAUUGAGCUAUUCGCCGACUUUGAAGCGGCGAGACAGCACGAGCGACACCAGCUCCAGAGGAAGCUACUCCAGAUACAGCGUCGACAGACCACGAUUGAGGCGGCGGACGUCCAGCUUCAGAAAGACGGACGUCAAGGAAAAGGCCAGCAGGAAGAGACGGAGACCCAAAUGUUACUCUCCGAUGAGGAAGAGGAGGAGGGACUCGCCGAGUCAUCUGGAGGCUCGCCGAAUCACAAGCGCCAGGAAGAGGCCCAUCCCUUACUUCCGGCCCAGUCCCUCCUCCUGCAGCAGCAUUUCGUCCUGGAGCAGUCUCUUCUCGCACAGUCGCAUCCGCAGCAGGAGUCGCAGUCGCAGUCGCAGCUCCUUGGCCUCCUGCUCCUGGUCCUCUUACAGGAGCUUCAGUCGCAGCUCCUCCUGGAACUCCGUCUUUGGGACCCGCGGAAAUGGUCGCAGCAGAAGCAGGUUUUAGGUGUCUGAAAGAAGAGACUAUCAAGUUGGAGAGCAGGAGAUGCACGCUGCACAUGCUUGGAUGGGACGGCCCCAGUAGGGGUCCCAUCUUGCUGUGAGACCUUUUUUGUUGUUGACUGACUGUUCAGACUCUUCCUCUCACAUCACAUGACCAUAUUUGGUCAUAUUGUUGUACUUCAACGCUUUCAUUUCGUUUCGUUGGAAAUCUCAUGAAGGUCCCGUCGGACUUUCUUCUUUAGUCUUCAGGAGUUGUCGUUGGGAAGAAUCUCUUCGUUUUGAUCAGCGUGUGAGCCAAGAUGGCUGGGGUCAAAGCUGCUCAAAAUGCUCCAUUCUUCAAAAUUCCAAUUUUUACGACAGUGGAAACUGCUUGAGUCGGUCCCGUUUAUGUCACUCAUCAAGUCCUGGUCCACCGUCUUCUUAUCAUUAAUAAAAAAAGUGCCCGUUUAUGUCGACGUCUGCAUAGAUGGUCAACCGCUGUUGUCAGCAUAAAACAGCCGAUGAUCCACUUCCGAUGAAAAAUGGGUCAGUUUAUGUCGACAUGUGUUGUAGUAUUCAACGACAACAUCAGCAUAACUCCUGUCUAGUUACACAGCUUUAAAAUAUGCCCACACUCGCUUCCUGUUCAGCGCAAAGUAAGCACUAAGUCUAAAAUAUCACACGAAUACACAAGAAUCUCAGUCAAAAAUAUUCACAAAAUGAGGAAAAUCAUGUCAACAAAAACUGCCAAAGGUUAAAAAAUCCUUUAUCAUGACCCGUUCUCCUUACGUCUCUGGCCAAGUCGCAAUAAAUGUGCUAGCAAUGGCUCGUUUUGGUUUUGGUUAUGAAGACACCCUCUUAUGUCCACAACUGCUUAUGUCAGUAACCGCUUUUGUCUACAACCAGUUAUGUUGACAAAUGCUUAUGUUGACAACUGCAUAUGACGCCAAACGCUUAUGUCAGUACCCACUUAUGUUGACACACGUUUAUCAGCAACCGCUUAUGUUGACACCUGCUUAUGGUGACAAAUGCUUAUGUUGACAAGCACCCAUGUCAACAGCUGCUUAUGUAGACAACAACUCAUGUUAACUGCUUAUUUUGACGCCCACUUAGGUUGACAACCACUUACCACUUAUGUCAACACCUGCUUAUGUGAGUAACCCCUUAUGUCGACACCAGCUUAUGUCAGUAACUGCUUAUGUCGACACCCGUUUAUGUCAGUAACCGCACAUGUGGACAAACGCUUAUAUCGACACCCGCCUAUGAUGACAACAGCUUAUGUCAACAACAGCUUAUGAUGACAAACGCUUAUGCUAGUAACCACUUAUGGGUGUCGACAUAAGCGGUUACUAGCGCUUAUGUCAGUGACUGCUUAUGUUGACACCCGCUUAUGUUGACAACUGCUUAUUUCAACAAAUGCUUAUGUCAGCAUCCGCUCAUGUUAUCAACCGCUUAUCUUAACACCCGCUUAUGUCGGCAACCACUUAGGCUGACACCAGCCUACUUUGACAACCACUUAUGUUGACACUGUAGUAAACGCUUAUGUCAACAACCGCAAAUGACAAAUGCUUAUGUUAGUAACUGCUUAUAGGUGUCGACAUAAGUGGUUACUGGCACUUAUGUCUACAUCUGCUUAUGUCGGCAACCGCUUAUGUUGACACUGGCAUAUGUGAGCAAACGCUUAUGUUGACACCGGCUCAUGUCAGUCACAGCUUAUGUCGACAAAUGCUUAUACAAACAACUGCUUAUGUCAACAUCCGUUCAUGUUAGUAACCGCUUAUGUCAACACUUGCGUAUGUUGACACCCACCAUGGCAUAUGUGAGCAAACGCUUAUGUCGACGCCGGCUUAUGUCAGUCACCACUUCCGUCGACAAACGCUUAUGUCAGCGACUGCUUAUGUCGAUGCGAGUCUGCGAAUUCGAGGGACUUCGACAUUUCCACUGCAGCAAGGAUCCUACCGAUUUUAAAGGACAGAAAGUGAGGAGGAAGUCAGUCCUGUCGCUCAGGUCAAAGGUCAGCGCUGGCAUGCUAACCAUUGAAAGCUCCAACCCAUUUAUUUGGACGAAUAGAUCUACAGCAUCCCGAUGCAUCACACGUCUUUAAAGUCCAGUCCUGUCACGGAUUGCAGCUGCGUUUGGAAGCUUGGACGUGAGGUCAGGAGCUCAACUCCAAGGUUAGCAAGAAGCCAGCCUACAGCAGUCAAGGAUGUUGUCGGCAUGAGAUGACAAGAAGAUUCCUGCUGCUUUUCAGCGGCUUCAUUUUUUUCCAUUUAGUCUUUUGAAAGCGACAAGUAGAAGGGGGGGGGGAAGAAAGAAAGAAAAGGAGUUUAUUGCUGAAAAAUAAAAGCAGAGUGUCUGCCAGCGCAAAUGUCAGAUGAAUCCGUGCUCUCGUCACGCCGCCAAAUGUCAAGAGACGGGUCUCCGUUGGCAACAGCGCCUCAACUACGUGAUUAAUCCUGCACGUCAGCUCGUAUUGUUGACAAAAGCUCAGCUUGUGGCGUGAAAAUCAAAAAUUCACAAGCUUGACGAAUGUUAUUUAUGAACUUAUUCCUAUUUAUUGUUGCUGUGCUCGUCUUUUUUCUGUAUGAAAAAACCAAGACAAAGAACCUCACCAUGCUUGCUUGAUCUUUUGCUUUGAGCGCGACAAAAAAAAAAAUGACAGAGAGAAUGUGAGUAGUUCGACAUUUGCUUUGUUUGCGCUCUUGCUGGGAGUCAUACCAUUGGUUAGCGACUGUGGUGUGUAAAUCUACAAAAGGUGAUGUUACGGAAUGACGCGGAUCCGUGGAUGUUUUUGUGUUUUUCGAAGGGGUGUUCGGGUCACACUUUUUUAACCUGUAAAAUCACAAUUUGGACUUAUUUCUCGCGGCACUUGAUUCUUGGCAUUUUUUUCCCACUCCUAAUUACGACUUUGACUGUAUUUUGUAACUUUUUUCAUGGUCAAAUUUGGGACUUUUUGACGUUACAGUAUUUUAUUUGUGGUUAUUUAUCAUUUUUCUGCUGAUAUUCCACCUUGAACUAUACUACAAUGUAGUGUGACGUUUUCCCUUCUGGAAUCAUGUGUAUGUUUGGAAUAUUACAACUACUAUUACAACAGAAAUUGUGGGUUUUUUCUUGUAAAAUUGCAUUUCUUCACCAAUAUUUUUUUUUAACAUUUUACUUUUUGAAAUAUACCAAUUUUUAUUUACAUACCGCCUUUUCGCUCCUGAAAUAAUUUUAAUAAUAUAUGACUUUUUAAAUUUAAUUAAUUAAUUGAAUAAUUUAUGUAAUUUCUUAAUUGAUAUUUACAUUUUAAUUUAUUAUUUAUAUAAUUAUACUUUUAAAAUGUAUACUAAAUCAUUUAGCUCGUGAAAUAAUUUUAGUGACAUCUGAUUCGUUUUUAAUUGAAUUAAUUCAUUCAGUAAUGAAUUUAAUAUCUUAAUUGAUAUUUGUAUUGAUUAUUUUGUACUUUUAUAUUCCACCUUUCAGCUCCUGCAAUCAUUUUAACAAUAUGAGACUAUUUUAUUUUAACUAAUGAAGAUGUAAUAUUUAUUGUAAUUUGUAAUAAUAUUUCUUCUUCAUACAGUCUCUACAUGUAAUAUUUGAGACUUAUUAUCUUCACGGUGGCCCUCAUACUCCUCCGUGUCUUUGUGCUGAGCGUCUUUUCUGAUUUUAGGUGUUACGUCAGACGAUGUCUAUGAA